AUGUCUGAAUCAAACAAUACAUUUAUGCAUUUGGUCAGACCAAAUGUUAUAGCUCCAGCUGCUGGAUCUGCCAAUGGACCAGCUAAUGUUAAAAUUCAAACCCCAGCUAUUUUAACCAUUUUAGAAAUUAUAUCACAACAAAUUUUAAAUAAAAGAAUUAUUGGUACUUUAUUAGGGUCUCGAUCAGAUGAUGGAUUAGAAAUCGAAAUUAAAGAUGCCUUUAUGGUUCCAAUUAAUGAAACUGGUGAUUCUAUUGCUAUUGAAGAACAAGUUCAUAAAUCAUUAUAUCAAUUAUAUAAAAAAGCUCAUCCUAAAGAAUCAGUAUUGGGAUGGUUUGGAAGUUCUAAUAAAAUAGAUGAUAUUACUUCAUUAAUUCAUGAUUUUUAUUCAAAAGGUGUUGAUAGAGCUUUCCCAUAUCCUGCUGUUUAUUUAAAUGUUCAAUAUUUAACUCAAGAUAACAAAGUUACUAGUCCUACUUUUACUACUUAUAUUGCUGCUAGUGUUGGUAAACCAGCUAUUGCUGCUCAACAAGUUGGUUGGAAACAAGCUUCUACUCCAAAUAAUUCAUAUAUUUUCACUCCAAUUCCAAAUGAAAUCAUUGGUACUACCACCAUUAAUCAAAACAAUGAUGUUUCAUUCUUGAAUCAAAACUUGGAUUUAGUUAAAGAAAAUAUUCAAUCUGUAUUGAAAUUCAUUGAAAAUUCAUCAACUAAAAAUGGUGCUGAAUCAGAUGCUGAUUUAGAUAUUUUGAGAUUAUUAUCAAACAAUUUACUUAAUAAAUCUCCAUUUACUAAUCUUGCUGAUUCUUUCAAUAACCACAACCAAGAUUUGAUUAUGAUUGAAUACUUGAUUAGAGCUGUACAAGAUCAAAUUAGAUUAAGCGAAAAGUUAAGCGCCGCUUUUUAG